UUUUCAACCUCUCAUCGCCUAAUACUUUCCGGAACUCCAAUUCAAAACAAUCUUCGCGAGCUCUGGUCUCUAUUCGAUUUUGCUUGCCCCGGCCGGCUUGGUCCCCUACCCGAAUUCAUGCAGUUCUUCUCUGUGCCAAUUGUCCAGGGGGGCUAUGCCACAGCCACUCCAUUGCAGGUGAUCAUUUCUAAACGUCGAUAG